UUUUUUUUAAUUUUUAUAAUAACUAACAAAUUAGAAACAAUGCAAACAAUUAGUACAUUUUUUUAAGACAUCAAUCGAUUUGGCGGGCCGGCCCGUAGGUUGGACACCCCUGGUCUAGAGGUCUACAAAACUUUACUACACCAUAGGGCAGGCACAGAUUAAAGAUUAUAAACACUGGUGCAGUGGUGCUCUGUGCAGUCUGCUGACUGCUAGUCUACUCCCGUCGAGCGACAAAUCGCUAAUUGUCUGUUAUUGUAUUCAUUUCGUUCCUGUUUUUUUUUCGUCUCUCAAUUAAUUAACUCGUAAUAUACGACCGAAUAUAUUUGGGGGAUAGGUUUGGUUUAAAAAUUUGCGUUACCCGAGAUAUGUGAUUGUGACAAUAUGGGCUGUGUUUACAGCAGCAGAAAAACUUUGCCCCCUUUUUUCUUCAAAGUUAUAAAUAUAGACGACAACGGCAGGGAAAAGUACCAUGGCCAAAUGGAGAUCGCCACUUGCAACCUGAUAUUGCAUAAGAGUGGAGAACCGUCUAUUAUAUGGCCGCUUAGCACAAUUCGCCGUUAUGGGUAUGAAGACUUCAUGUUUUGCUUUGAAGCCGGCCGCUCUUCUCCUUUCGGCCAAGGCAUAUUUGCUUUCAGAAGUAAAGACGCUAAAAACAUUUUUAAUGCCGUCAAAGAAAAAUUACAGAUUGAAAGUGAAACAGAUCCAGUCAACGAUAUCGCUUCUGAAGUACGUAAUUAUUCUGGUCAGUCAUAUACAAGUACUAAUACAAUUGAAAAAGUUUACGAUGAAUUCAAUUUCAAUGGAUUAAGGUUUUGUAGCGAGUCAAACAGCAACUUCCAACCUCCAGAUCUUAUGCUGGACCCAGAUACUGCAUUUUUACCAAAAAGUUCUUACGUAAACAUGCUGAACGACAAUGAAGAAGAAGACGAUUUGUUCAAUGAUCCCUUUGAGUUACCCAAAGAUACUCCCACUUAUACUGAAGUGGAAAUAGCUGCUUGCACACCCAAAAGAAAGAGUGAAUCAUUGCCUACUUCUCCUACAGAAAUUCCAAGUUAUACAGCAAUAGAUUUUAAUCAAACAAUGCAUUUAAGUCAGAAAAUGCUCAGAGGAAGUGAUGAUGCUGGGAUCAGGAAAACUAGACAUGAUUCUACAAUGAGCAAUCCUUAAUAAUAUUAUCAGAACCAACAAAAUUUGAAGACCAAUUAUAAAUAUAUUCAACCAAAUUUGUAGCAUUAGAAUAUUUAUGAUGAUCUUUAAUUGCUCGUUGUUUGACUUUAUAUACUAUUUAUUUUUUUGAUAUUUAAUUUGGCUUCCUGCUUUUAUAUUGCUCGGUGCUUUUUUUUUUAGACAGAUGUCUUUAGAUCAAAAUUAGUGAUUAGUUGUGUUAAAGUAAAUAAAAUCAAUUAAUAUCAAAAGGUUAUAUUUUAAAACCAUAUGAAAUAUUAAUAAUUCUAAAUAACAUUAACUGUUACUUUUCAAGUUCACUUAUUUAAUAAUCGUGCCAAAGCUGAUGUGAUUUGUUUUUCACAACACGGAUCCUUUAUAGGAUAUUUAAACUUUAAUAUUUAAUCAAACACUGAGAUAAUUAAUAUUUACUGUUAUAAUGUUAGUUGUUACUAUAAUUCAUUAAAAUUUGUUCAUUGUAACCAGUUUUGCCAAAUAAUUUGUACAAAUUAAAUAUGUUAACAGUUACUCAAAUUUCAACAUUAUUUGUUUUACGCAAUUAUUUCGUGCCAUAUACAUUCCUUAAGGUUGUUCAGACUGAAUAAUUGUCAUUGUUAAGACAUUGUUUAUGAUUCAUAUUUUUAUCAAUUCAAAUAAUUAAACGAUAAAAUCAAAAAUGUUUAAUAUUUUAUAUCAAAUUUGAAUAGUAACAAUUUAUAUAAAAUAGUUUUAUACAAUACACAGUUAAUACCAAAGAAUUAAUGUUAACUACACGAUAUAAUUAAGAAAUCGAUUGUCCAAUAAAAAAAAAAAAAUUAUGGUAUGGUAGA